GUAUGUGAUUAUUUGGCUCAGUGUAUUUAAGCACAGUAUCUCUGCUUUAAACGAGAUUAAUUUUUGUUAUCUUAUUUUUAAAUAUUGAACUAUAUUCGGUGUGAUAUACCUACAAUAAUAUGUUGUGGACCGGCCCGACUAGAUUGGUUUGUUUGAGACCUUUUGGGACUUUCUCCGCGUUUUAUUUUGAUUGCCUGAAGUAGGCUGUCUAUUUAUGUGAUUUUUCGAUAUACUCACAGUGCCGCUUGUUGGCAAAUAGACAGAUUUCCUGCUGCGCAAUUUGGUCUCCGUUGCCGGUGGUGAGUGGUUUGUGUAAAAACUAAAAGUGGAUAACAAGUAUCGCUAUCAAAGUGCAAAACACAGAACAAAAUGUCGAACGUUAGUGAAAAAUUUAAACUUUCUAGUGAUGAAUUUCGGAACAUUACCCGUUGUUUGGAAAACGAAGAGUUUCGAAAAUUGUUUGUGGAAUAUUGUGAAGAGCUGAAUGAUCCGGAAAACCGCAAGCGGUAUGAAGAUGAGUUGAAGAUGUUGGAAGCUGAGAGGGGAUAUGAUGUGAAGUUCAUUAAACCUUUGCCGGGUUAUGUAAUUAAAACUGUCUCCCAGGGCAAGAUAAAAGCUUUUAUUAACGUUUGUCACUGCGAUUUGAUAGAAAAACCGGUAAGUCAAUGUUCCACCAAUGAAAAGGGUCAAAAAGGCUUAAAGUGGAGCAUUCCGUACGCCCAAAGUCAUCCAAGAAAAGAUUACGACAAUAAAAGGAACGAGUGUGUGGUGUACGAUGUUGUAUUUCAUUACGAUACACUGUAUUUAACCAAAACAAAUGCCGUCUUUCGCAAGUUGGUGACCGACACUGCCAUUGAUGCCGUGGAAAAAUCAUUCAACGUAACGUUGGAUAGGGUUAAUUUGAAAUUCCCGAAGCUGCAGUACAAAGGUGUUGCAAAGAUGACUGUAAUUCGGAAAAAAUCUUCAAAUUUCGAUGGUUCCCAGGGAGAUUGUUUGAUCAAUAAGUUUUCCUCCAUGCCCAAGCUAGAAACAUCACCAAACGGAAUCGAUAAUAAGGAGAAUAUAAGCGAAAAAACAAUUGAGACGAAAGUGGAAGACUAUGUCACACCCACAUACAAAGUUAUCCACAGGAAGGAUGUUGAGUACCAAGAACUAACUGCAGAAUUAGACGCUAAAAUGGAGCUCACUGUUCCGAAGGUACUUGUGCUAGUGAUUAAUUUGCCUCUUUUAAAAUCUGCAGCUGAAUGUACGUUGAAUGUUACAACAAAAGAAUUGCAUUUAAUCAGCGAAAAGCCAGCGAAGUACAAGCUUGAGUUCAAACUACCGUUCGAAGUUUUGGAAAAAGAAGGAAAUGCUAAGUUUAAUACCGAUGAAAAAACCCUAACAGUUUCUUUGCCCGUUUUAAAUAGAAAUCGUGUAACACUCAACGAUAUCAAUUGUGCUAAUCGCGUUGAUAGCCAUACAGUCAAUAAGUCGGGCACUCAAGAUGAAGCUACGAUUACUAAAACCCGUGUUAUUCCACCAAUUUGCCAAAAAGGUUCACAAAUAGUAUCAAUGAUUGGCAAUAGAAAGAUUGUUUUUCCUAAAUUUUCUACAAACAAAAUGGAUCACGUGUUUGCAUUUACUCUAAACGUUCGUAACGUCGAUCCUGCGUCAAUUGAACUGCAAAAAAGCAUAGAUACAGUUUGCUGCAGAUUUACUAAUAUUGGCAGUGGAUUUUUCCCUUGCUAUUACGUAUUUGUGGUGCGUUUCCCGGACAGAAAUGUCACGGAGGUGUUGCACGAAGAAUGGGACAAUAAUUUAAUCCUUCACGUCGAGCUAGACAGUGCCCAAGUUGAUUGCUACUAUGCCGGAGCUGACGAGAAUAAUAUGGAACAGUAUUCCAUUAUGGAAGACAUUGCCGAUAAGAUUGAUAAGUUUGGGAAAGAAAUUGAAGAUGACAGUUUGUGCAUAGCCGUUUCCAAAGCUGCUGUCAAGCGCGAACGAAAAUCCUCCGGGCUUAGUAUCGAGAUCAAAACAAAAAGCGACACUGAUACUAGUGACGAUGAUGGCGGGGAAGUAGCUGAGCGAGAACACAAGACUGAUCAAACCUUAUGUGGCGAGUCAUACCCAAUUGAGAGCAAGGAUAGUGGUGAAAAUAGUACAAAUCCUCGGGGAGAGGAGAAAGAGGAUGAAACCAUCAAUAGACAGGCAGCCGAAAACGAUUUCAAAAAGUCGAAAAAGAAUUCUCGCAAGAAGAACAAAAAACGAUCUCUGUCAGAGUCAUGCUGUGAUCAACUGAAGGUGGUAGUAGAGAACGAUAUCUCAAAGCCGGAGCAAAAUACUGCAGAAACUCAAUCAAUUGUAAAAACAAUCGAGAACAAGGAAUCGACAAGCAAUGUGAAACCACGGAAAACUCGCAGUGUAUCAGAAUCUUUUUCCUCAAAUUGUACUUCUGUCGGCGGAGAUUCCGACUCGGUCGACAACCUUACGGCGUUGAUACACUUCAACCGCAAGUGUAAAGGGAUUUUAAAGCGUUCGUGUUUCGACCGAAGUAUCAGUGAAUGUUCGUCUAUUGAUGAGCCUCUCUAUUUGGCAACAUCUGUGGAUUGUUCCAGCUUGGGAGAGUCAGUUGAGCAUCCGCAUGGCGAGCUGUCUGAAAGUUGUAGGAAAACUGUUCGAUUCAAUGAUUCUAUCAAAACCCAAACAUUUAGGUCCAAUUCCAGCAUCCUAGCACAGAAAAAGAAGAAUGCGAAGAAAAACAAAAGCAAGCGCCGAUCACUUACUAGGCGAUUGAGUGAAGGGGAGAGCACUGAUUAUGAUGAUAAGGAACAUCUGAUUGACAGCGAUGUCCCAAUUUCUGGAGUACGAACCGAACAGGAACAUGACAGUGGUAUUUCGCUAGAUUCCGAUACGGGUCACUCGAGUGAAAAGCAGAUUUUUGUGGUAAUAGAGCCGCAACUUCAAGGCGACUCCACGAAACCCAUAGAUAUCAGUCAGGCGGUUGUUAAAAAUAUUUCCAACAGCAAGAACGAAAAUAGCAUCAAAAAAACGAAAUCUUCUCCCGAUAAGGCUACUAAACGCGUUGAUUCAAGCGAUAUUGAAUUUAAGGCUGAUAUGAUUUUUGAUAUCGAAAUGUGAACAAAGUUUGGUAGACGCGCAACAUUUGUUUGGUCCAUCUUUACUAUAACUAUUCACCCCGAGACUGGAAUAUUUGUUUGAUUGUAUCAGUUUGGCCUACUUUCAUCUAUGCUGCCCAUGAAGGCAUAUUCGUCUAGUAUGACUUUUCAUCGAUCUGUAAAAAAAAGUCUAAUUUACACAUACUUUCACAAUUCAAUGUAAAAAAUAGAUGUUUCGAUAUAGAUCUUUCAUUAGGGCUUAAAUCGUAAAUGUAAACAAACUGCGUUUUCGCUAUUAUGGCAUUAUGCGACUAAAAUGCUACAAGAUUUAGGUGAAAAUUAUUAAAAAUGGUUUAUAGAUCUAUUUAUAAUUAAAGAAAACAAAACGGCGAAAUAUACAUUUUCUUCGAUAUUUCGACUUAGGCCCUUCUUCUCAUAUGGAAUAUAAAGGCUAAACUAACAUUUUUCGACAAACCAGAGGCGAAUGGUUAUUAUUCACAAAAUUAUUCUGUAAACGGCGGUUCUAUUAUGUAAAUGAUACUUAAUAUGCACUGUGAUCUUGUCUACUUGGUGGUUCUUGCACAUAAAUAUUCAAAUAUUUCGAUAUUCAUGAAAUUUGAAGUAAAGAUGCACGCGCCCUUUCACUUGCAUUGGGUUUCUAUGCGCCCAUUUGCUGAGCGCUAUUAAAAAUAUCCUGUCAAGCUCGCCUAUUUACCCAGCCCUGCCCAGCAAGACAGAGUCAGUUUAGCCCAUUUACCGCGCCCUUUUGAAAAUCAUGUUCACGGUUUAGCCCUCUCGCAAAUGGCGAUUGCUGAAGGGUGAAAUCACGACUGGAAUGCAAAUUGGGAGUAACCAUUCUUUUAGUUUCUACCCACUAAAACACAUAGCAAUCAAAUUCUUUAUUAUAUUGUUAUAAGGUUUAACCAAAGAUGCUUUAGGAAAAACAUGCUCAUAAAGUAAAUUAUACCUACAAUAAAAACUACAUUUAGGAAAGCAUUGUCGAAUAUUGAAACUGAUUUUUCUCCAUUUGAGUACAGUGCGACUUAGGCCCUAAUGAAAGAUCUGUGUCGGUUUGUUCCACAGAAGUUCGAAAAAGAGCAAAUUUUAGUAUAGUUCCCAUCCGAAAAAUAAAGGCAUAAUAGUCCCAUCGAUAGAGUUAGAGGGCGUAUAAUUCUAUAAAAACUGAAAAAGAGUAUAUUCUAUUGAAAUACCGUGUGGCACUCUAUAUCUUGCAUAAAAUUGAUCUUUCGAGUUAGCUACACAGGAUUACCAUAAUGCCUCUCUUCUGAUUCGUAAUAAAGCUUACAGUGCCUUUCGUCAUUGGAAAUAUACUACCCAUGAUCGCAUAUUUGUCCCAUUUUCUAUGGGAUUUCCUAUCUUUAUGGGACUGGUUUGCGAUCAUGGUCAGUAUAUUGCUUCAUACACCCGGCUUUCUUUAUACAAGAUCCUCUUUUUCAUGUUAAUCUCUAGUUAAUUUCAUUUGGAUUACCAGGAAUUAACUUGUUUUCAAAUUAAAAGAAAAUAAUUAUCAGUUACACUGUAAUAAGCACUUGGCAGAAAAGCGUGCGAUGAGAUGAUUCUGUCGCUGUGGAACUAGUGCGCCUUUAUUCAGCAACUUGUACUAAUAAAAACACGCAUGUCUAUUCUAAAUCUAUAAAAUCAGCGAAAUUAAAGAAAAUCUCAUAAAUUAGGUUUGUCAGUUAAUAUUCGUAAUCUUGAUACGUUCGAAUGACUGUACAGAAACAAGGUGAAGAUAUUUCGUACUUUCAAUCAUUAUUUUUCACUCUUCACCUUUAUGGGCAGUAUAAAAGAUGAUCCUAUUAAUCUACUUAAAAUCAGCAUCUCAAUUUUAUAAAAAUUGUCUGGUAAACAAGCUGCGAUCCUAAUCUCCGCCUAAUUAUUAUAUUUCAGAGUUUAUCGAUUGAGGUUAACGCAAGUAGUAUAGUACAAUAUGAGAGCUGGAUAGCAGUUCUCAUACAAAUAAACCAAUGUGCGUUGUGAUUAUUCGAUGACAUCCUAUUUGAAUUGUAUGAUAGGAGUGGUAAUGGCGGAAUUGUCCAUGCAGACCACAAAAACGCCAUGGGAGAAGAGCAGAGUGUGGGAUGAGGUAGGGUUAAGGAAUUUAUGUAUGCGUGACGAAUGAUUGCGCUGCAGAAUGUGAUGAAAAGGUUAAUUGAGCAAUACUAUUGUUGGUUGCUCAAAAAUAAAAAUAAUAUAUUUCCUCAUAAGGUUUGAAAUAAAAUAUUUGUAUUUAGUGAUGCCAAUUUAUGAGUCUUGAAAAGUUCGCUGUAGCACAGUGGUAUUACGUGUGUGUAUGAUCGCGAAAAGUUCAAGCGUUUGUAUGUUCACGUGUUUGUCGUUUGGAACAUGGCACGUGGGGGAACUGGGCGUAAGAUGGGCAUGUUAAGGAUAUACUAAAAUAUAACAUAGAGCAUAAACUAACAUUUUUCGACAAACCAGAGGCGAAUGGUUAUUAUUCACAAAAUUAUUCUGUAAACGGCGGUUCUAUUAUGUAAAUGAUACUUAAUAUGCACUGUGAUCUUGUCUACUUGGUGGUUCUUGCACAUAAAUAUUCAAAUAUUUCGAUAUUCAUGAAAUUUGAAGUAAAGAUGCACGCGCCCUUUCACUUGCAUUGGGUUUCUAUGCGCCCAUUUGCUGAGCGCUAUUAAAAAUAUCCUGUCAAGCUCGCCUAUUUACCCAGCCCUGCCCAGCAAGACAGAGUCAGUUUAGCCCAUUUACCGCGCCCUUCUGAAAAUCAUGUUCACGGUUUAGCCCUCUCGCAAAUGGCGAUUGCUGAAGGGUGAAAUCACGACUGGAAUGCAAAUUGGGAGUAACCAUUCUUUUAGUUUCUACCCACUAAAACACAUAGCAAUCAAAUUCUUUAUUAUAUUGUUAUAAGGUUUAACCAAAGAUGCUUUAGGAAAAACAUGCUCAUAAAGUAAAUUAUACCUACAAUAAAAACUACAUUUAGGAAAGCAUUGUCGAAUAUUGAAACUGAUUUUUCUCCAUUUGAGUACAGUGCGACUUAGGCCCUAAUGAAAGAUCUGUGUCGGUAUGUUCCACAGAAGUUCGAAAAAGAUAGCAAAUUUUAGUAUAGUUCCCAUCCGAAAAAUAAAGGCAUAAUAGUCCCAUCGAUAGAGUUAGAGGGCGUAUAAUUCUAUAAAAACUGAAAAAGAGUAUAUUCUAUUGAAAUACCAUGUGGCACUCUAUAUCUUGCAUAAAAUUGAUCUUUCGAGUUAGCUACACAGGAUUACCAUAAUGCCUCUCUUCUGAUUCGUAAUAAAGCUUACAGUGCCUUUCGUCAUUGGAAAUAUACUACCCAUGAUCGCAUAUUUGUCCCAUUUUCUAUGGGAUUUCCUAUCUUUAUGGGACUGGUUUGCGAUCAUGGUCAGUAUAUUGCUUCAUACACCCGGCUUUCUUUAUACAAGAUCCUCUUUUUCAUGUUAAUCUCUAGUUAAUUUCAUUUGGAUUACCAGGAAUUAACUUGUUUUCAAAUUAAAAGAAAAUAAUUAUCAGUUACACUGUAAUAAGCACUUGGCAGAAAAGCGUGCGAUGAGAUGAUUCUGUCGCUGUGGAACUAGUGCGCCUUUAUUCAGCAACUUGUACUAAUAAAAACACGCAUGUCUAUUCUAAAUCUAUAAAAUCAGCGAAAUUAAAGAAAAUCUCAUAAAUUAGGUUUGUCAGUUAAUAUUCGUAAUCUUGAUACGUUCGAAUGACUGUACAGAAACAAGGUGAAGAUAUUUCGUACUUUCAAUCAUUAUUUUUCACUCUUCACCUUUAUGGGCAGUAUAAAAGAUGAUCCUAUUAAUCUACUUAAAAUCAGCAUCUCAAUUUUAUAAAAAUUGUCUGGUAAACAAGCUGCGAUCCUAAUCUCCGCCUAAUUAUUAUAUUUCAGAGUUUAUCGAUUGAGGUUAACGCAAGUAGUAUAGUACAAUAUGAGAGCUGGAUAGCAGUUCUCAUACAAAUAAA